AUGUCGGACGAUCAGAAAACGGGCAAGGCGGACCGCCCGGUGACUCAGCAACUGGAAUUGCGGCCGGGAGAUCGCAGAGGUGCGAGCAGAGAGAGGUACAUCGUCAGGAUUCUACUCAAUUCACCAGUAGAUCUUUUGGGUGAUUCUUACAGCGUCGCUCAUCAAUGUCUGAAGGGAUUACGCAGACGAUUCUCAAGGGAUGUGAAUUAUCAACGUCUCUAUCAACAAUUCAUGAUUGAUUACGAGACACUCAACCACAUGACGAAGGCAUCAUCCAUCUCCAGUCAUCGCUCACAUUUUCACCUGACACAUCACGGUGUUCUCAAGCCGGACAGUAUUACAACGAAACUGCGGGUGGUUCUUAAUGGCUCUAGCGCAUCCACAUCAGGCUACUCUGUCAACGACCUCAUGUACACUGGAGCAAAAUUACAUCUGAACAUCUCAGAGGUUCUACCAUGGAUACGUAGACAUCGUCACAUGUUCGCUACGGACAUCACCAAAAUGGACAGACCGAUUCAGACUCACAAGGAUGACUGGGAGUUACAGCGGAUACUCUGGAUGGACAAUCAGCUCAAUGAG